AUGGCGCACGAUGCUCCUCCUUCUACUAUCCACAAAGUUCGGGUGGAGUGGAUGUGGAAGAGUAAUACUAAUCCUUGGUGUCCACUACAAGCAGCCGAGUGGCGUUCUUACUCUGAUAUAGAGAUUGACAUGAUAGAACAAGCAUUCAACAAGAAGGAGACACACGUACUACUUGAUAAUUUUCAUAUUAUUUUUGAGCAUUUUAUCCAAAUCUCCAACACAGAUGAGAGAAAUCAACGUCUAGUAAAACGAUGUAUUGUGAAUAAAACAGAAGAAAAACUCAGAGAAGAACGUUUCUUCGCAAAUGCCAUAACGCCUACCAAAGUAUUUACUGAAGGUUGGUCGUCGGAAAGCAUAUUUAUCAAAACAACUUUGGGACAUUUUGAUCUUAAUAAUUAUCCAUUGUCUGACUAUCAACGUCGUAUGUUGGUGGAUAGUGCAUGUAAAGGUCUACUAAUAGAAGGUAAAGAAGCGGGUAAACUGAGACAAGCAAUGUGGAUGGAGCAACAACUUAUCAUGGUGAAAAACGGUACAGAAAGGGAAAUAGCUGAGACAUGUGCUUAUCUCUAUACGACGGAUUCUUUCCUCCAUAGGAAGCUUAAUGAAUGUAUGAAACUGCUGGGAGAUGAUAAAUAUGAAAAUUUCUGGAGAAGCAAAGUUUCGACACUGGGACCAUUUGCCUACUUAUUUCGAGAUUUAAGUAUCCUAACUAUGAAUAGCAGAAAGGCGACUGUAUAUCGUGGAAUGAAUUUGUGCGACGAUUUAAUUAAACAAUUGAUAGAGAUAAAAGAAGGGGAAAAGUGUUCCCUUCCCGCUUUCACAUCGACCAGCCGAAAUAGAGAGAAAGCCGUGUUUAUAAACGGUAAUGUUCUUGUGGAAAUUGACAUUGAUGACGUUCGAUGUGUAGCAAUUACAACACAUGGAGUAUCUUGUGUGAAAAUGAUUCAAAACAGGUAUUUUCAAAAACCUCAGUUUUCAGACAUCUACCGCCCAUCAAAGAACAAUCGGCUGUAUUUCAAUGAAGUAAAAACAUGUGUUCAGUGUUUGUUCUGAAUUUCAAUGGGCGUGUUCUAAUAACAAAAAUUAGAAUUCAGUGGUUCUAUUCUGAAUAAAUGCGAUCUUUAAUAAAAAGAAAUGAAGCGGAAUAUUUUAAACGCGCAAAAUCUCACUCAUUUCGAAUCAUAAACCGAAAAUUUGUGUUUCAUUCGAUUACUGAGAUUCCCAGCUACAUAAUGGUGAAAACAUUUUUUCGAAGAAGUUCAAAAAUAAGGUCAGGAGACUGAACUUACUACAGUUGCUGAGUUUUCCUAGUUACUAAUAUACUUGAAUAUACGUUUGGUAUAUAAAAAAAGAUAUAUAUCUCUUCCAUAUCUAUAUGUUCUGAUGUAUACUCGUCGACUGAUAUAAAGGAAAAAGGAUGAAGAAAGCGCGGCGUCAGUCUACACAGACACCAGUCUUAAUGUAUAUGUUAUAUUUAUGAGUUGCGUGCAAGUACAAUCGCUUUUUAGCAGUGUUUUGACUCUGGUUUUGGUUCCUGUGAUCUGAUUUUCAAACUUUCUCUUUCAGUUUACUCCUCACGGUCUCUCUCAUUGCGACAUAAAAUUCCAGCACUUAGCCACACCACUUGACCAAGUUAUAUGCUUUGCAAGUUGAAAAGACAAACUUUUUCGAUGAGUCAUCGAAGAAAAAAUGGGAGGAGUAACGAAGGAAAGUUUGAAAAAGUAGUACAGUACGUUUUGUACAGUAUUCAAUUCUCUAUCGAACUAUGGGAUUCACUUUUGGAGCCCUUCUUCUUAACGUGCACGUUUUUCGUCAAAACACUUUGACAUACUUUUGUGUAGAGAAACACAAAAUGCGUUGUGCUUAGAGGUGUAAGCCGAGCAGUUAGGCGGCGGCGGUGGCUCGUAAUUUUUCAAUUUUAUAAAAGUUCGGCGACGGCUGAUUCAGAUCUGUGACCCGGUCGGCGGCG